AUGCAGAACUCACACGAUUCCGAACGUGACGAACUGUUUCAAAAUCUUUCUUCUGCAGUUCAAGAGGUAAGAUUAAUAUGAAAGCAUUCCCAAAUGUGAUGCGUCGUUCUCCAUUUUCGAAACAAAACCUUCCAUUUGGCAGUUUUCCAUAUAAAAUUGAUAAAGAAAGGUUACCCCUCAGUUGACUUGGGAGUUAGUUAUAAAAUUAUAACUAAGAGGCAGACAUAAUAUUUUAUAACUAAUGAAUUGUAACUAAAAUAUUAAAUCAUCUGUGACAUGGAAGCCGUGCGAUUAGUAGAAACUUCCUUCCGCAAUUCAAGUUCAGAAGGGUUGGAUUUGAAUCGAUGCACGUGCUUGUAUGUAGUGUCACUUUAACAUCCGCUUUGUAAAGCGAAAGAACGGUGGUCAAACUUUACGAAUUGUGUGGAAAUUUAAAUGAAAUGUUUUUCGUGUAUGAAAGAAGGAAGCGCAGAAGCAGAUAUGGGCUACGUUAAACAUGAGAAAUAGUCAACAAUUUAUUUCUUGACUUCUUUAGAUCCUUGAUGUAGCAUUUUUAAAAACCUAGGGGUUGUCAUUAGAAAUAGCGUGAUAAGUUUAUUCACGUAUGUAUGUGCAUUAAUCAACUUAUACUCAUGAUAUACUGGAAUGAGUAUAACAUUUAGUAAUGUUAUAAGUUAUCUUCUUUUUUUUUACUUAAGAGCUAAUCAACAGAGUCCAUUACAUGUGGUGUUUGUAUUCAAUCCCUAUGAAGUAAUUGAGAAUGGAAGCAAGCAAGCUGUCUGGGAAUUAAUUGAGCUGAAAACUUAAGGGUAUCUCUUAGUAUUUGGUGGUUUCAUUAAUUUUCCAUGCUGUCAGUUGAAAACAGGCUGUCAGGGAAACCCAAACACAAGGGCAUGCUGGUAGGCUAAAAAAUUGGCAGUGCAAGGACUCAUAGAUGAUCUUAAAUAUAAACUGUACUUAGGGUGUGUAUUGUAGGGGCAAACGGACUGUGGACUUUGAAACUCAAGGAGGUUUACCAUGGAAAGUCAGAGAGGAAUUUAGUAUGAGCAAUGGUUCGUAAUUGAUCCCAGCACUUGGAUAAGUUUCCCCUAAAAUUUGCCACUUUGAUUUACACAUACAUGUGUACAUAUAUAUUUGAGUGAAGUUAGCCACUGUGAAAUUGAAUUUCUAGCUUACUUAUCAAUGCUAUAGAAAGCUUAUCAUAGCCAAUGCAAGUUCUCUGUAUAUUUUUGAAUUGUUCAAAAGUUGAACUUAAAUUCAACACAUAUGGAAAUGUGUAAAAAAUCUUUCAACCUUUGUAUUUCUUAGAUUCAAGGGCAUGUUGCACAAGGAUACAGUGUGAUAUGGAAUUGCAGUGCAGUAGACAAAUUAUGUUUCUGUAUGGAGGACAUCUUCAAUCACGGACUAAAGGAAGGGUUUGUAUUUUUUUGGAUUGAUUGUAUUGAUUUAUUCAUCUUCAUUUUUAUUCAAUGAACAGCCUGCCAAGCAACCUCAAAUCAUGUUGUUUCUUGCAGGCUGCUGGGCUGGGCCUCUAAUAGCCAAGUUUCCUUUUGGUCACUGGCAAACAACAUUACUUGUAAAAAAGAUAUUGAGGACAUCAAACGGUACAUAAACCAAGAUACUUUAGGGAAUGUUCUCAGUUCAAUGUAUUACAGAAGUUUUAUUGUGUGAGACACGUGAAGGAUAUUCUCCUCUUCAUUGAAAUAGAAAGUGAUAUAAUGUAUCAAUCAAUUCAAAGCUUUAGCUUAAUCCCUUGUGCAUUUUAACUGUUGUACAAAUUUCUGCCUGGUGAGCCAAAAUUGCAUUCAUUAAAAAGCACAAUUUUCCGUUAAAUAAUUGUUUGUGUGAUCAACAAAUGUUACAGAAUUUUUAAAAGUCAAGUUAACUUGUAAGCAAUAUAAUAUGAUUAAACAAUAUGAAAAUUUUCGUCUGAACCAUUUGCUCAUGAAAGCAGAGUCUUUACCUUAAACUCCUCCAUAUUUAAAAUGAUUACAGGUUUAUUCUGUUGGUUCAAAUAUCCCAACCCCACCUAGGCAAGGCUCAAAUUUCCCAUCCUCAGGGGAAGGAUGACAGUCAAAUGCCCAUGACCAAAUGGGGGGAUGUUGAAGCUCCAAAUUGAGCGAUGCUUUAUCAAGUGAUUGUCUAUUUUUUUUUCUUUAAAUAGACUACAACUGAAACGUGAACCGGAGAAAUGUUUGGCUUGGAUAAGACAAGGACUGAAGGAAAACACACUUAGCAGCUACAUAAAUGUUAUUACACAGGACGAAAAGCUCCUUAGGUUUGAUAUACAUGUGCAUUUAAAUUAUUCAAUUGGUAAUUCAAAUAAUAAGUAAAGGAUCCAAACAAUUGCAACCCUUAACUCCCAUGAGUGACCAAGAUAGAGUUUCUCCUUAGGAUAUCAAUACAAGAUCAAAUAGGCAAGUGAUGAGAAUAAAAAGAAAUGUCAAUGAGAGGAUUGUUAGUUGGUCCAACACAAAUUCUCUCAACUAGCAUCAUAAAAUUGUUUGGCUGACAGUAACGAGAAUUGCUAAUCAAGGAGUAGUAAGAGUGAGUGAGUGAAGGGGUUCAUGGUACAAACACUUAAUAGUUCUUUUCCUAUGAUUUAUAUUGAAGAGUGGUUCUGAUUCCAGUCAUUUAGCCCUUUACAUCCCAAAAUUAGUAUGCAUAUACAUGUUUAUUUGCUUUACCAUUCUCCAUACAUUUCUUCUGGUACUGACAAGGAGUAUUUGUUUGACAAUUACUAAAUUGUUUCUUUAGUGGGUGAUCAUUUCUUUUGUUUUCAUGACCUUCAUGUUUGAUUCAGCAGUGAUACUGUUUGGAGAAAUGAAAUGCUAAUCACUCAAAGGAGUUCAAGGGUUUCUCUCUCAUAUCAAGUCAUUGUUUUAAGUUAUUGCAUCAGUUAACUCUCUGAAGUAUUUUAAUGCACAUGAAUUUGAGCAGACUAUGUUUUUCACCCAUUCUGUACCUUUAGUGUGUUGCAGAGAAAUACUAGAUAUUACCAUUCCAAUAUUAUGUCAUUUUAAUGGAAUGUGCUAAAUAUGCCACAGUAUUACACUGUAAAAAAGGGCAAAAAUAAUGGAUGGAAUUUUUUUUUUCUGUUUUUAGACAUGAUUUUUUUUUUCAGCAAAUAACUUUGAAGCCCAAAUUUUUUUAGUCAUCAAGAACACUCAAGCAGUUUCUUGUGUGUUGUGUUCUUCCUUCAUGCAUGUCUUAUGCAAUUGGCAUGAUGCUUGGAUAAGACCAUCUAAAAAUUUGAAAACUAGAAGCCAAAUGACUUGAAAAUGAAAUAAUAUUGGAAUGAUAAACCCCCUAUUUGAGGGUAGGUUAAACCAGCAAAUAAAGUGUAUAGAUUACAAAGAACAUAAAUUAUGUAUAUUUUGUCGAGUACUAUGAAUUUCAGAUAACAAUGAUUUCAAACUAGUUUGAUUUAUCUUUUUAACCCUUUAACUCCUGUGAGAGACCAAGACAGAAUUUCUUCUCACAAAGCAAUACAAUAUCAACCAGAUAGGUGAUGAAAAUAAAGAAAAAUAUCAAUACUAAAUUCUCUGAACUAACAUUAUAAGAAUUGUAUAGUUGACAGUAAGGAGAAUGACAAAUUUGAUCUGGGAGUUAAAGGAUUAGCACAAAAGUCUUUUAAAACUAGUUUAAAGUCACUUUAGCCAGGAGACAUCUGAAACCAUGACUCAAAUACUUAUAAAUGUUGUUUAGCUAUUUCAGGGAACCUGUCUGGUAAUUUUUGUCCAAAGGUUAGCUGUGUCUCUAAGGAAACUUAUCUCCCUUUCAAAAAAUGUGCCUGCAGCAUGUACUCUCUUUAGAGUUACUGAUGGGUGUAAUAUUAGACCUCAAAUGCAUAUUAAAUUUAUUUUUAAAAAAAAGCAUCUUUUUUUGAUGUGUUGGGCAUCAAUCUUAAAGUGAUUUUAAGUUUGUAGAAUUUAAAAUACAGUGCUGGGCAUGGAAAAGUCAUAAAUAUACUUACCUGUCAUUAUCUUCAUUGCAGAGAAUUCUACCACUCUCAUGCAUUUUUCUGUGAUCAAGAGAAGGCAGAAAAAGUCAGAGACCUGAUCACAUAUGGCAUAUCACAUCUGGAUUUUGACAUGUAAGUCUUCUGACUGUACUAUCAGUCUUGAAUGACAGUUCUUUUAAGGUGAUGUGCAGUUGAUGAGCUCCAUGUAUGGGAAAAAUUAAUGCUCUGAAUGUCAAGCAUUUAAAUAGCUUUUUUAAUAAAAAUACACUGUUACCAAAUUGUUAGACUCAUCGAGUCAUUAGUCUUUCAAGCUGUCAAGAAGGUGAUGACAGUCUUUGAAUUUGUUCAAUGCAAAUCAACUUUGAAUUUAUGAAUCUCUUCUGAAUGCAAAAUGAACACAAUGCUACUCUCAUUUCUGACACCACUUUGUUGAGUAAUGUACAAAUGUUCACCUAGCUCUUUGACAAGCAGUUCCAGAAGGCUUGUGGCAAGGGAGGAUAACCCAGCUAUGAUUGCUGCAGGUAUGUUUAAUACUCUCUGAUAUUCACAGCAUAAGGAUAUUGUUAGAAAUUUUACACUUUUUGGAGAGAAUUCAAAUUAAAACUUUUCACACAUGUAUUUUCUUAUCAGUCAUGCCUUCAAUUCUUAAAGGUGAUGGAAAAAUAAAGAGCUUUCUCACAAAACUGUUAGAAAUGUGAUGCUUUUUGAGGAAAAUAGUGAUUAAGAGUCCUUUUUUUACAUACACCCUCGUUUGAACCUGUAAAGCAAAAUUUUAGCCUUUGAAACAGAUGAUGAAGAAUUAAAAGUAUUCUCACUUGCUUGGCUAGCACCAUGUGUUAACAGGUUGGCUUUUUUUUAUUACCUUGUUUGUUAACUGACUUCAUAUGGAACUUAAGGCUGUUUCAUUAGGCCUAUAUAUUUUUGAUACCUUGCUUAGCAAACAGGAAAUGGGCUUCAGUCUAGUUUGGGCUUAGGUCCUAGCUGGGUCAGUUUAGAGUUCUUGGGAAAGACCCUAGCAUGUGGAUACAACUCUUAC